AUGACUUGGGCCAUUGAGCUAUCUCAGUAUGAUUUACAAUAUGAACCCCAGCAUGCGAUUAAGGCACAAGCAAUGACUGACUUCUUGGUAGAAGUAAUGGGGGACCCAAUCGAGGAGGCGGGCACACGGUGGAGGCUCCAUGUGGACGAGGCCUCCAACCAGACGUCUGGAGGCACCGGGAUCAUCUUGGAAAGCCCUGCUGGGGACAUAUACAAACAAUCAAUCAAGUUUGAGUUUCUCGUGUCAAACAACCAAGCGGAGUAUGAGGCCCUCCUAGGCGGCUUGAUCUUAGCUCGGGAAGUCAGCGCAACGAAGCUGGAAGUGUGCAGUGAUUCGCAGGUCGUCACCUCACAAGUGAAUGGAAGUUACCAAGCCAGAGACUCGCUGUUGCAGAAAUACUUGGAGAAGGUCAAGGAGCUGAGCAAACAAUUCGAGGAGGUCGCAAUCCAACACGUUCCAAGGGAAAGGAACAUACGGGCAGACCUCCUAUCCAAGCUGGCGAGCACGAAACCGGGAGUCAGCAACCGGUCCCUCAUUCAAGGCAUGAUAAAAGAAGCAACAGUGACAGACUACGUGCUAAAAGAAGUCUACGAUGGAUGCUAUGGCCACCACAUCGGGGGCAAAGACCUAGCAAGAAAUCUCAUCCGAGCCGGAUAUUACUGGCCAUCGAUGAUGAUGGACUCGAAAGAGUUCGUAAGGAAAUGCGUUAAGGGCCAAGAGAACGCCAACUUCCACAAAGCGCUGGCAACCGAACUAAGCCUAUUGACGUCUUGCCGACCUUUUACACAGUGGGGAUUCGACCUACUCGGACCUUUCCUGAGGCAAGUGAUAACUCGAUUUGGCAUCCCGGAAGUCGUUGUUUUUGAUAACGGGACGCAAUUUUCCAACAAGAAGUUCGUGGAAUUCUUCAGCGGUUUGGGCAUAAAGCAGAAAUUCUCCUCUAUAGAGCAUCCCCAGACGAACGGCCAAGUGGAGGCCGCAAACAAGGUCAUCUUGCUGGGCCUCAAGAAGCGGUUGGAUAACAAGAAAGGAGCAUGGGCCGAUGAACUAGCCUCGGUCCUCAAGUCCUACCAAAAAACCAAGCAAUCGUCCACAUGGGAAACCCCUUUCCGCCUGACGUACGGGGUGGACGCAAUGAUACCCGUAGAGAUCGGCGAGCCGAGCCCACGAUUACUUCUGAAGGGAGUAGAGGAAGCGGUGGAAAAGGACCUAGCAGAUGAGGCUAGGGAGAUAGCCCAUUUGUCAGAAAUAGCACUAAAGUAA